AUGAGUUUUCGUGGAAGAGGAAGAGGAGGAUAUUCUUCAAAUAAUACUUAUAAUCGAAAUUCAUUUUCAAAUCAACAACAAAAUGUUGAUGCAUAUGUUGCAGCAAAUGCAUAUCCUAUAGAAAUUAUGGGAUGGAAUGGAGCAAGUUCACAAGAAUGUAUAAAUUUUAUAUCAAGAAAAACUAGAGUUAUUGUUACAAAUUCAAGUGUUGAUCAAAAUACUGGAAUUUUAAAAGGUUAUGUUAAAAAUGAAAGUCAAGCAAAUGAAUUAUUAAAUUGGUCUGGAGUUAAAUUUGCAGGACAAACUUUAAAAUUCUCGAAGGGAUCUUCUAAUUUAUCUAAUCAAUUGGGAGGAAGUAGUUCGUCAACUGGAACAAGUACAAUUGAAACUAUAACAAAUUUUUUAAAAUCAAGGUAUCAACCAGAAAUAAAAAUGUUAAAUUUAAGUAAUGUUAAACAAGAUCCAAAUUUAAAUGCAUUAGGAUUUUUUGGAUCAGUAUCAGUAUCAUCUAAAUUUUUUCCUGCAUUAAUGAAAAUUGCAAGUGAUUUAAAAAUUGAAGUUGAUAGUAUUGAUUUAUCAAAUAAUGAAUUACAAGAUUUACAAGCAUUAUCAUCAAUGGCUCAAACUUUCCCAAAACUUUUAAAUUUAUCAUUACAAAAUAAUCAAUUUUCAAAAUUAAAAGUUUUUGAAACUUGGAGACAUAAAUUAAAUUUUUUAAGAGAACUUAUAUUAUUUAAUAAUCCAAUAGUACAAACUACAAAUCCUCAAGAAAUUCAAAAUAUUAAAUUAGAAUUAAUGAAAAGUUUUCCUAAAUUAGUAAUACUAAAUGGUGAACCAUUAAGAAAUGAACAAAUUUUAUUAACAAAUACAACUUUUCCAUUUGAAAAUCCUCAACCAAUGUUUUUUCAAGAUGUUGAUUUACAAAAUUUAUCAACAAAUUUUAUAACAAAUUAUUUAAAUUUAUGGGAUAAUAAUAGAGCAGAUUUAAUGAUAUUAUAUCAAAAUGAAUCUCAAUUUUCAAUGCAAUUAGAUACUGCACAUCCUUAUCUAAUUGAAGAUUCAACAAAUAACGCGAAUUUAGAUUUUGGAAAUUAUAUUUCAAAUUCAAGAAAUUUAACUCGUAUAUCUUCGGGUAAAAUAAGAUUAAAUAAAGUAAGUAUUGGACAAGAGCAAAUUUUUAAAAGUUUUCAACAACUACCUAAAUCAAAACAUGAAUUGGCAAAUAAACCAAAUAAUUUUAGUAUGGAAACUUAUAAAUUUGCUCCAUUAAAUGGAGUAAUAAUAACAUUACAUGGAUCAUUUGAUGAAGUAGGACAACCUGAAAUUAUAGAUACUCCACCACCUUCAGGACCAAGAAAUAAUACAAGAUUUCAUCAUUCAUCAAGUAAUGGAAAUAGAGGUAAAAAAGUAGCAUUAAAUAGAAAAUCAUUUGAUAGAACGUUUUUAGUUCUACCUGGUCCUAAUGGAAGUAUGAUAGUAGCAAGUGAUUUAUUAUUAAUUAGACCUUAUUCAAGUGAGACACCUUGGAAUGUAUCGCAUCAACAACCUCAAGCACAACCACAAUCACAAUCACAACCUCAACCACCACAACAACCAAGUAUAGCACAAAUCACCACAUCAGCAACAAACGCAUCAACACCAUCACCAGCCCCAAUACCCCCAACUCAACAACCGAUACCACCAAUAACAGCAUCAUCAACAGCAACAAUAUCAGAUAUCCCACCAGAAAUUAAAACAAGAUUCCCACAACAACAACAACAAGAAUUAAUUAUAAAAAUAAUAAAUGAAACAAGAUUAAAUUUUGAAUAUACUAUAAUGUUAUUAGAAAGUUCAAAUUGGAAUUAUGAAAUAAGUUUAAAUAAUUUUAAAAAUUCAAUGGGUAGUUUACCUAGAGACGCAUUUAUAUAG